CUUCAGACUCACCAAAUCUUUUCGGAUUUAUCCUCCGACUACACUACCUCUCACUCACGAAGUUCCUUUUGAAAUAUUCUGCAUCAUCAUGACUCUUGAGGAAGUUCUGAUCCAGAAGUUCGCUGAGCGUGCCCAGUGCACCGGCAAAGCACUAGAGGAAGUUUUGUUCUCUGCUAAAGAAAAUGACUGCCUGACGGUUGGUGUCUACGAGUCUGCUAAAGUUAUGAAUGUUGACCCAGACAGCGUGUCUUUCUGCGUUCUGGCCACCGAUGAGGAGUGGGAGUGUGACAUUGCUCUCCAGAUCCACUUCACCCUCAUCCAGUCUUUCUGCUUUGACAACGACAUCAGCAUCGUCAGAGUGAACGACAUGCAGCGCCUGGCUGAGAUUGUUGGUGACAAGACUGGCCAGCUUGAAGAUGCCCACUGCUGUCUUAUCACGAACCCAGCUGAUGGUUCUUGGGAGGACGCUGCUCUGGAGAAGCUGCACCUGUUCUGUGAGGAGAGCCGCAGUCUGAACGACUGGGUUCCAGAGAUCACCCUUCUUGAGCGCUGAUCUGGAACUUGAUUCUUCUCUCUUGAGAUGCUGUAAACCUUCAACCUAUAAGGAAAUACUCAUCCGUUUACAGGAUGACACUGUUUCUCAUCCCUGGAUACUCCUGAGGAGGAUUCCGAUCCAGGCAGCGCGUGGCCGGCCCGAGUGGCCCCCGCGAUUCGUUGUCUAUUGUCCCGUCCAUACCAAGAUGACUUCCAUUCUUUAUGUGAAUGAGGUCAGGUAUGCCACGAGAGUGACAAAGAUGGCCCUCAUUCUUUGUGCGGAUGAGGUUUGGAGAGAAAGGAGAAGCGAGUUCUGUAUCUUGUGGUCCAAAGAGCAAACGUCGCACGUUGAAGCACGCGCAGUAGGAGAAGAAGCGGUGCCAAGAAGAAGCGUUCUUAAAAAGGGACUUUAAAAAAAUGUCUUCUUGCUGAGCAGCAAUAACAACCGUUGCAUUCAGCGAAAUGUUUCCCACUUUCCAGAAUUGUCUUAUUUCUCUAAAGGUUUCACUUUAGAAAUGUAAUCAUGGCAAAAAAUAAAAGCCUUUUAAAAAGAUAAGAAAAAGUAUUUACUCCUAGGCCUAAUGCUCUAAGGUUUUGACUUUAGAACGUUUAACGCUGUCAAAACCAAUACACAUUUAAUACAUUGGGCAACUUAUAAUGCUCUAAAGGUUUCACUUUAGGAUGUGUUUAUUAACUUUGUCAAAAAAAAGAAAACAAGAAAUUAACUUAUAAUGUUCUCACUGUUUAUACUUAACAUUUUAAACAUUUCAUUAUGUUUAAAAUGAAAAAUAAGACAUUGAUUUAUAAUUCUUUCAAUGUUUAACUUAAGAAAUGUUUAUGAAAAAAAACAAUAACCUAAUAAAACUGCAUAUUAUA